CUGACUGGCUUGGCCUCUCGGCGGUGGCGGCAAGUGGCGUGCGAGCGAGCCAAGCAAGCCCAGCGAGCACACGCAGACAACACAGACACCACACGCUCAGUGAACACCACGCUCAGUGCACACCACGCACGCGACAUCCCAGCGGCGCGCGGUUGUUGUUGUUGUUAUUGUCGUUGUUGUUGUGGUGGUUACAUCGCAGCGGUCGGCACCCGAAGCGUGGGUUGGGAGAGGGGGGGUGUGUGGGAUUGCGGGCGCCGUCGUUGAAACUGUUUCGAAACGAUCGUCCAGGAUAACAACAACAACAAGAAGAAGCAGCAGCAGAAAACAAAAUGUCGUACAAUUACGUGGUGACGGCGCACAAGCCGACGGCUGUGAACGCGUGCGUCACGGGUCACUUCACCUCCGCAGAGGACCUGAACCUCCUCAUUGCCAAGAACACCCGGUUAGAGAUCUACGUGGUGACUCCCGAAGGCCUGCGGGCGGUCAAGGAGGUCGGCAUGUACGGGAAGAUUUCCGUCAUGGAGCUCUUCCGGCCGCAAGGAGAAAAAAAAGAUCUUCUCUUCAUCUUGACUGCCAAGUACAACGCAUGCAUCCUGGAGUACAAACAGGAUGGGGAUAAUGUGGAUAUCAUCACGAGGGCACAUGGUAAUGUGCAGGACCGUAUUGGACGUCCAUCAGAAACGGGCAUCAUUGGCAUUGUAGACCCCGAGAGCCGCAUGAUUGGUCUGCGCCUCUAUGAUGGCCUAUUCAAGGUCAUCCCGCUUGACCGGGACAACAAGGAGCUGAAGGCAUUCAACAUUCGCUUGGAGGAGCUCAUGGUCAUCGAUGUCAAGUUCCUGUUUGGCUGUGCCGUGCCAACCAUUUGCUUCGUCUACCAGGACCCCCAAGGUCGGCAUGUGAAGACCUAUGAGGUGUCUCUUCGAGAUAAGGAGUUUAAUAAGGGGCCUUGGAAACAGGACAAUGUGGAUGCCGAAGCUGGAAUCGUCAUUGCAGUGCCUCAGCCAAUGGGAGGAGCUCUCAUUAUUGGACAGGAAGCUAUCACAUACCACAAUGGUGACCAGUAUCUACCCAUUGCUCCUCCUGCCAUCAAGCAAAGCACCAUCGUGUGCCAAAAUCGCGUGGACGCCAACGGCUCCCGCUACCUCCUGGGCGACAUGGAGGGGCGGCUGUUCAUGCUGCUGCUGGAGAGGGAUGAGCUCAUGGACGGCACGGCCACCGUGCGGGAUCUGCGAGUUGAGAUGCUCGGGGAGACAUCUAUUGCCGAAUGUCUGACUUACUUGGACAAUGGUGUGGUUUACAUCGGUUCAAGGCUCGGAGACUCCCAACUGGUUAAGUUGAAUGUUGACAGCAAUGAGCAGGGCUCAUAUGUCACAACCAUGGAGACCUUCACCAACCUGGGCCCCAUUGUGGACAUGUGCGUUGUGGACCUGGAGCGGCAGGGGCAGGGCCAGUUGGUGACAUGCUCAGGUGCCUUCAAGGAGGGCUCAUUGCGAAUAAUCCGCAAUGGCAUUGGAAUUCACGAGCAUGCCAGCAUUGACCUGCCGGGCAUUAAGGGCUUGUGGCCUCUCCGCUCGGACCCCACACGUGACUUGGAUGACAUGCUCGUUCUCUCCUUUGUCGGCCAGACACGAGUGCUCAUGUUGAACGGUGAGGAGGUGGAGGAGACCGAGUUGCCCGGUUUUUGUGAUGAGCAGCAGACCUUCUACUGCGGAAACGUGGCCAAUGAACAGCUCAUCCAGAUAACCUGUGGAUCCGUGAGACUGGUGGACCACAAGUCAAAGGCGCUGGUGAGCGAGUGGAAGGAGCCCAGUGGCAAGAACAUCAGUGUGGCCUCCUGCAACUCGGCGCAGGUGGUGUGCGCCGUGGGCCGAAUGCUCUUUUACCUGGACAUCUCGGCAGGGCAACUCAAGCAAGUCAGUUCCACCGAGAUGGAGCAUGAGGUGGCAUGUCUCGACAUCUCGCCGCUGGGCGAUGGGGCCGGCAACUCGACCCUGUGUGCCGUGGGCCUGUGGACGGAUAUCUCUGCGCGCAUCCUGCGUCUGCCCUCGUUCGACACACUGCACAAGGAGAUGCUGGGCGGAGAGAUAAUCCCUCGCUCGAUCCUGAUGACAACGUUCGAGGGAGCCCAUUACCUGUUGUGUGCACUUGGAGACGGAGCCCUCUUCUACUUCAAUCUCAGUGUGGACAGCGGCUACCUGAGCGACAAGAAGAAGGUGACACUGGGCACACAGCCGACGGUGCUGCGCACGUUUAAGUCUCUUUCCACAACCAACGUGUUUGCCUGCUCGGACCGCCCCACCGUCAUCUACAGUAGCAACCACAAGCUGGUCUUCUCCAACGUGAACCUUAAGGAGGUCAACUACAUGUGCCCCCUCAACUCACAAGGCUACCCUGACAGCUUGGCGCUGGCGAACAACAGCACUCUUACCAUUGGCACCAUCGAUGAGAUUCAGAAACUGCACAUCCGAACAGUGCCACUCAACGAAUCUCCCAAGCGCAUUUGCUAUCAGGAGUCAUCGCAAUGCUUUGGCAUUCUCAGCAGCCGCGUGGAGUUACUCGACCAAAAUGGGGGCACCAGCCUCGUGCGACCGAGUGCCAGCACGCAGGCGUUGUCCAACAGCGUAAGCAACAGCAAGCUGUUCUCAAGCAACAGUGCGCAGCACGAGAGUUCGUACGGCGAAGAGACGGAGGUGCACAGCCUGCUCGUCAUCGACCAACACACCUUUGAAGUGCUGCAUGCGCACCAGUUCCUCCCGAGCGAGUACGCUCUGAGCAUCGUGUCGUGCCGUCUGGGGAAGGACCCCACGACGUACUUCGUGGUGGGCACGGCCAUGGUGUACCCCGAAGAGGCGGAACCCAAGCAGGGCCGCAUCGCCAUAUUCCACUACACUGACGGGAAACUGCAGACGGUGGCAGAGAAGGAGGUGAAGGGUGCAGUGUACUCAAUGGUUGAGUUCAACGGCAAACUCUUGGCCAGCAUCAACAGCACGGUGCGCCUUUACGAGUGGACGGCGGAGAAGGAGCUGCGCACCGAAUGCAACCACUACAACAACAUCAUGGCCCUUUACCUCAAGACCAAGGGCGACUUCAUCCUCGUGGGCGACCUCAUGCGCUCCAUGCUGCUGCUUGCCUACAAGCCCAUGGAGGGUAGCUUCGAGGAAAUUGCCCGCGACUUCAACCCCAACUGGAUGAGUGCGAUAGAGGUGCUUGAUGAUGACAAUUUCCUGGGCGCAGAGAAUUCCUACAACCUGUUCGUUUGCCAGAAGGACAGUGCGGCCACGUCCGACGAGGAGAGGCAGCACCUGCAGGAGGUGGGGCAGCUGCACCUGGGCGAGUUCGUCAACGUGUUUUGCCACGGCUCGCUCGUCAUGCAGAACCUCGGCGAGAGCUCCACGCCAACGCAGGGCUCUGUGCUCUUCGGCACCGUCAACGGCAUGAUUGGGCUGGUGACGUCACUGUCGGAGGGCCUGUUCACGUUGCUGCAGGACAUGCAGGGCCGCCUCACCAAGGUCAUCAAGAGCGUGGGCAAAAUCGAGCACUCCUUCUGGAGAUCAUUCCACAACGAGCGAAAGACAGAAGCAGCGACGGGUUUCGUGGAUGGGGACCUCAUCGAGAGUUUCCUGGACCUUAGCCGCCCCAAGAUGCAAGAAGUGGUGGCCGGCCUGCAGAUUGACGACGGGAGCGGCAUGAAGAGGGAAGCGACGGUGGACGACCUGAUCAAGACUGUGGAGGAGCUCACGCGAAUCCACUGAGCAGCGGGCAUCUUCCACUGCACAUGCUGUCCCAAACAUCAGUAGCCCUUCAUUGACCACCCCUCCCCGCCGAAGACAUAGGAUUUACCCUAUUUUGCCUGAACUAGUUUUUCCUUUGUUAAUUUUACCCACUUCUACCCUGCAUUGUUUCUCUUUACCUUCCCUUUCCCCAACUUGUGUUCCGUUGUUGACAAUUUGCUUUCACUCACCACACACACGUAAUGCUCUUUCAACCACUUCCCUUUUCUGAAUGAUCCCUGUUAUCGAGACGGCGAUGAACACUGUCGUGCUUGUACUGUGCCACACCCCCGCCUCGCUCAUCUGUACAUUUGGACAACAGGAAGCAUGGCCCUUGUUUCAGAGGAAGUGGUUUUUUUGUUAUUUAACUGCUCAGGAGGGGUUGCCCUUCCGCAUGGGCACCUACUUAUAAUAAAAUAUUCAGCUAUG